UACCUCCCAUCCUCCAAUAUGAAAGACAUACAUAUCCUGUGAGGCAACAUCCUGAAGAUAUUUUAAGGCUGAGGGGAACUGGAGGCAUCAAGACUUUGACCAGAAAACCUGGACACAGCCAGUCACAGGUGGAUCCAAGAGCCAGAGAUAAGAUGGAGGUGGCAGGAGGCUGGAGGUCACAGAUGCUACUGUUGUUGUUUCUCUGUUUUGCAGCAUUGCAAGAGCCCCUGGAAGAGAAGGAGGAGUGCAUUGUAGAGGGGCAAAACAUAACUUUUGGAUGUGGCUACAACUUUGGGAAAUAUUUCCGUGCCAUAAAAGCCUGGCAGAGAUUAGGAGCUAGUGGUCCAUUCGAGACCCUUGCCCAAACAAUGAACAAUAAUGGAGAGCCCAGCUUCAUCCAGGUUGGCAGGUAUUUGCUAGAGGAUGAUCCUCCUAAUUCCAUGCUGAAAGUCACUAUACUGGAACUCCAGAGGGAAGAUGCUGGAUUAUACCAGUGUGUGAUCUAUCGCCCACCCCAAGUCGUCGACAUCCUGUAUCGCCCCAUCAGACUGAAAACAUGCAAUGGUGUCAGCAAAAUUCCUACCAUCACACCCACACCCCAGGGGCUCACUUUUAGAAGAGAAAAAACCUCAAUUCCUUUUACCACUGAAGCAUAUUCUCCAACAAACCCAAAGUUCCACACUCAAGCUCCAGUCAAAAGUACUACUGACAGUCUCUCUACAACCCUAAGAGCUAAGGACAAAGAUAUCAUCUUCCCUGUUUACAGGCUUUCUCAUGUGCUUGCUGUGACUCUUGGCAUCUUUUUGAAUAAGAGUCUGGUCUUCAUCACCUUGUAUAUUCUUCUUCGAAAGAAGACUGGCUGCUAGCACCCUCGUGGCUGACCUUCCCCCAAACCAAUUGGGAAUGGGAGGGAUGGGAGGUAGGAUUUGUCCAGGGCUUGUAUAAUCUGAAUCCAUUCUAUGGAUCAUUGAAUUUUUGAGUUGGAAAUGGGAUAGGAGCUCGCUAUAAGCAUCUCCUUUCCUGGAGAGGCUUUACAAAGCUGUCCCAAAGGCCUGAUAGGCUUAGGUUUCCUGAUUGCGAUUUCCUGGUCAUCUAGGGAUAUGAAAAGUUCUAACCAUACACACACAUAUAUAUGUCUAUAUAUCUAUAUAUACCCCUUCUACAUAGCUAGUGUUAGGGAUGCCCUACCUCCAUGAUCUGAACAUUUGUGGAAAACUUUUUGGCCCUCCCUUUGUAUUAGAGAGGAAGUCUGAUUUUUUUCUUUUUCUUUUAGUUGGUGUUUAUAGUACCUUAGAUUCAUUUUUGAGUUUUAAAGAUAUCUCUCCAUUUCUAGCCUGAUAGAGACAAGGAUUGGCCAGUGAUACUCUGCCAGUUUCUGGGGGUCCUAUGAGGGCUCUGCAAAGUCCUUGCUGGAGUAAGGAGGCAGCAAGGAUCAUAAGAAGGAUGGAUUACUCAAAAAGGACCAGGGAUGCAGAUGGUAUUCAAUGGCACCAAUGGCAACUUUUAUUGAGGGGAGUAAUGAUAUUUAUAGGAAGCUGAGUUGCUACCCAAGCAAAUCUAUCCAUAUGGUUACCGGCAAUAUUUUCAUAGUGUAAGGAUUAAAAAUUAAAGGUUAGACGUAAAAAUAAAAAUGUGGUUGCCGAAAAUAUAUUACUGAAAUCAGGAUGACUUUUUAUGGUAGUUUAUUUUCAAAAGGAGAAAGAAUGAAAGUAAGGAAAUGAGAGAAAGAGAUAAUUACUUCAGUGGGGGCCAAACCAGUCAGGGCUUCAGAGGCCCCAGAAAAGGGGGGCCCAGAAGUAAAUUAAACAAGGGUUCUAGCCACAAGCCCUCCUCUAAGACAAGGGACCUCUCUGGAGGCUAAUACCUUCAGAAAACCAGGAAAAGGAGUCAAUCUUUUUCACUCAGCCAUGUAGUAGUUCAAAGGGAGAGAUUCAAGAACAAUAUCACCAAAUUUCAGAGUCUCAGGCCGACGAAGCAGAUCCUUCACCAGCCUCUAACUCCAACUCCAACUCCAACUCCAGCUCCAACUCUGAACUCCGAAGAAUCUCCUCCAUAGGAAGCUGUACUGCUUUUAAAGACACUUCUUUGCAUCACUUCUUGUGCAUUCCUUCCACUUUCUGUGGACAAAUUGUAGUUUUAGCUUUGCUUAGGAAUGCCCAGGGGCAGUCAGUCAUUUCUGAUUCAUCACCUACUAUAGCACACGUGGGUCACAGACCUCCCCAUACUUAAGGAUAAGUGGGGUAUAUAUGCUUCUGGUGAUUAAAUCUAAAAGUGGUCGAGGGGAGAGUUAAUCCCAUCUUCACAAUAGUAACAGCCAAUCACAGAGAGUCUUGAGAAUAAUGCAUCCUGUCAAGGUAUUGAUCUAUUGGGUACAAAGUGCAUGGUGAUUGGAGGAUUCAGGGGUAACCAUAAGAUACAUGAGAACAUAUACAAAAUGAUGUCUCUUCUGCUAGAGUUUCCAGGGAUAUAGUACAUUUUUAUGUAAGACAUAAGACAUUUCUCAGUUCAUCAUCUCAGUUCACUUAGUCCUAUUCAAUGCACUAUGAUUCCUUUACUUAGGGGUCUAAUAAUUUAGGGGCCCAAUCACUAGCCUUUGUGGCUUUUGGGUUCUUUUUUGUAAACUUUAACUUUUUACUUAUUUUAACUUUAAAAAAUAAAUUUUGUAUAUUUAUGAUAUUAAAAGAUAAAAUGUUUACCUUAUACAAUGCUAGAAAUAUGUUUUGUGCAUUUCUGAGUUUCUAAAUUUUCUGUGUUGUCUACAAAACUCCUAAGAAAAUUCCAAAUUUAAUUUUCUCUGCCAACCCACACUAUAUUAAAGUUGUGAUGUUGAAGGGAUAAUUGUAGUCUACACCUCCCAGAUUAGGUGUGUGCCUCAGAUCACUAGAAUCUCCAAACCAUCAGGAUUUAUUGCCUAGAGCAUUUCCAGAUGGAGUUGAAAAGGGUUCCAUUUUCCAGAGGAGUGGACUAAUGCAGUCUUGUUGGAAAUUCUUGCUGCUUUAGGACAAAAUAAACCUCCUUUGUUAAAUGCUCAA